UAUGCCCCCCACACAAACAAUAUAUCUACAAAUGAGAUAUAGAAAGAUUUAGAUUAUUAUAUGCAGUGAUCUAGAUAAUUCUAAAUAAUAUUAAUAAAUAUUGGGAAAUCGGCCAAAAAAACGCUGAAUUUUGCGAGAAUUGCCAAAAGAAACCUGGACAUAUGGGCUAGCCAAUAAAAUCCUGAACUUUUGUUGACUUUUCGGGUUUAUUAAGAAACUUACGAUUGACUGACCAGAUAAACACACCGUUAACCGAGUUAACUGUUAAUUAAGCGGACGUUAAUUUUGGGUGUUAAAGUAUACGACGUCGUUUCAUCACUUUGUCUGAUUAAAGACAAACGACGUCGUUUAUAUAGCUGUGUUAUUAAAAAUAUGUGUUUCCUACGGCUCGAACUCGUGUACUCGGGUUUAAUGGUAGGGGUUUUUGCCACUGAGCUAGUGGACUUUGCAAUGGAUAUACGAACACAAUUUCUUUUAUUCUUCGAAUCCGAGUUAAAGACAAAUUAAUGAAACGACGCGUUUUACAUUAACUUUUUUAUUAAAAAGAUGGGGUUCCAUCGACUCGAACUCGUGCACUCGGGUUUAAUGGUAGGGGUUUUUGCCACUGAGCUAGUGGACUUUACAAUGGAUAUACGAACACAGUUUCUUUUAUUCUCUUUGAAUCCGAGUUAAAUGAAUCAAAAAGAAACGACAACGUUUUCUCCUCCGAUUGGUAUAAACCCUAAAUGGGCGAAAUCAUAAAUCCAGUUCGCGAUUCAAGCUCGAUUCUCUUCGAUCUCAUCCUUAAGAAUCUCGAUUCUCAUCUCUCCUUCUUCGAGUAUCGCAUGAUGAGUUCGGGUUGUGAGGAUUCGUCUGUGAAUGCGAUGGGAAUUCGUGGUAUCCCGGAGCAAUGCGGUUGUGGUCGAAGAACUGGGAUAUACACAUCAAAAACGAAGGUCAAUCCAGGAAGAACUUUCUUUAGAUGCCCAAAGUUUCAAAAUGACCACUUGUAUAAAUGGGUAGAUGAAGCUGUCUACGAAGAGGUUCAAGAUGCAUUGCCAAAAGUUGAAUGCUUUGCAUCAGAUGUUAUGAAAAUUAAAAUGGAGAUCGAAAGCAUGAAAACCGUGGAGGAAGACUUGAAAGAAGAUGUCAGGAAGGCGAGCAAUGAACUUAAGAAGCUGAAUGUGAUCAUGAAAGUGGGUUUUUCGGUGGUUUGUUUAGGCGUUGUGAUAUGUCUUGUGUUGAUCAUGUUUGACAAAGCAGAUGGGUUGUCUAUGAAUAGCUACUAG